AUGGAAGCAGCUCCGCUGACUCUGGCUCAUACCCAUGCUCGAAAUGCAGUGCUGGAGACCCGCAAGUCCAACCCUGUGGCCGCCAGCGAGGAACAUGAUUUGGCCGCAGGAGAAUUCGCGACUGCGGCACAGCGCAGCUCCGACAACGAGUCCGUCUCUGACACGCCCCGCGAACCACAGGCACUGCGAACUCUCCAAUUACUCGAACAUCAUCACAAGAAAUUGGCAGAAAUCCUGAGAUUCCAGCAUGAGCACCCAGCGAGUGCGACGAUUGAGCCCUCCGCAUCAACCGAUCCCCUAACCCGAGCGAUCCAGCGAUCUGCCACCGAUUCCGAGAUUCCCAAGCCCACCCCUUCCAGUCAAGAGGCCCAAAGCCACCCCCCGAGGCUACCUGGGAACCCUCGAUUGCCCAGUCGAGAAACAUCCUCCAUCGCCAGCGAGUUGGCAUCCGCCCGCGGCAUCCCGUCUCAUCCUCGCCGCGGAUCGCCCGUCUCGCCAACCCUCUCUUCACACCAAGCGGGCGCAAAGAUGACCGAACUGCCAUCGCGAAUUAAAACCGGCGAGUCGAGAUUGCGAGAUGUCCCAACCAAAAGUCGGCACCAUCGUCCGUCCGUGCCCAAACAACCGUGGUCUCCUCCCACCCUUAGUCCUACAGAGAUUACCGCACAGCAAGUGGUACCUGCAGACGCAACUGAACCCGGACGAGGGAAGAACAAGGAACCGACGGUCGAUGAGCCUUUUCAGCGGUUCUAUUCAACAUUUGAGGGUCUCAUUUCGAAAAUCUCGGCGCCUUUGGCAUUCGCGGGGCUUCCGCUGGGAUCUGAGAAUCCCGAACGAGCCGGAACUACGAGCCGCAAGUCCCCAGCCGAAACAAAGCUGGAUCGCCAUCAUGCAACCCCAGACCGUUCAAGUGGGCAGGCAGGGCCAGAUGUCAACCGACUUUUUUCGCGAGCAGCGCUACGAUCGAUCCGGGAUAUGUCUGGGACUAGUCCCGGCAACCCAGCCGAAUCAUUUUACGUGGUCCCCACAACGGGUGGCACCAUGUCCUACGCAGGGAUUCUCACCCGAGCCGAGAAGGAAGCCCGCCGGGGUAGUCUCGAUGAAGGCGAUGAUGACUUUGUGGACGCCCGAGAAACCCCAUCUUCGCCCGAAAUGCAGCAAAGCAUGACGCGCAACGGACGCCGAGGGACUGCCGACCAGCUCACCAGUCUCCAAAACCCCAAGACUCUGGAGGAGCUGCAGAUGGAAAAUCAAGCUCUGAAGCACCUCUCCGAUACCCUUUCUAAGCGAUUGCAUAUGUGGGAAGUCAAUGCGCAGUCGUCAUCCAUGGCAUUGCAGCAAUCGUUGAAAGCGAUGCACCACCAUGCUGGAUCCCCUGAUCACUUGCCGCAGACUUCCCCGACUUCGACCUCCCCAGUAGCUACACUCUCUGCGGCCCCGGCGAUGGCCUCGUCUGAUCCUCGAGUCCGAGAGCUCGAGGAGGUGGUCCGACGUGGUGAGCAGCAACUGGAACGCGUCGGUCGCGAGAAUGACAGGUUGAAAAACGUCCUCGGAAGGUACCGAGACCGUUGGGAGAAACUGAAGGAGGGCGCCAAAACCCGACGGGCAGAAGGGCGCUCAGGCGACGGUCAGAGCAACCCUCCUGGAACUCCUGGCAAUCCAACUCCAGUCUCUCCACAGCCUGAGGCUGAGACCCUGAAUCAUACCUUUGAGGGAGGGCCAUCCUGA